CUUCAGCAUCCAUACAGACAGCAGUCCCAUUGUGGAACAGCUGCGAAAUAAUAUUUUCUCACCCGAUUUGGCGCGUAACAAACAGGUACGCUGGAAUAUUCGGAGACCCUCUCGGACAUGUCAUAUGUCUUCAUCAAUGACACGUCGCAAACGAAUGUGCCGUUACUGCAGGCCUGCAUCGAUGGAGACCUAGCGUUCGCCAGACGCCUUCUGGAGACAGGCUGUGAUCCCAACAUCCGUGACAACAGGGGUCGCACCGGGCUUCACCUAGCAGCAGCACGAGGCAAUGUGGAGAUCUGUCGCUUCCUGCACAAAUUCGGAGCAGACUUGCUAGCCACCGAUUAUCAAGGAAACACAGCACUGCAUCUAUGUGGACAUGUUGAUACCAUUCAGUUCCUCGUCUCGAAUGGCCUCAAGAUAGACAUCUGUAAUCAUAACGGCUCGACUCCUCUGGUGCUGGCCAAGCGGCGAGGCGUGAAUAAAGAUGCCAUUCGGCUGCUGGAGGGUCUGGAGGAGCAGGAGGUGAAGGGCUUCAACAGAGGAGCUCAUUCCAAACUGGAGACCAUGCAGAUGGCUGAAAGCGAAAGUGCAAUGGAGAGCCACUCGCUGUUGAACCCCAAUCUGCAGAACACUGAGGGUGUUCUUUCUAGUUUUCGCUCCACCUGGCAGGAGUUUGUGGAGGAUCUGGGCUUCUGGAGGGUUCUCCUGCUAUUAGUCAUCAUCGCCCUGCUCUCUCUGGGCAUUGCUUACUAUGUGAGUGGGGUACUGCCCUUCUCUGCCAGCCAGCUGGAGCUGGUGCACUGAAAACCACCAAUGUACUCGGUUUCAAAUCUAGUUCUCAGAGCCAGCAAAGCUGUGUUUUAUAUGUUUAAAUGAUUGUCUUCAUGCGAAUUAGCCCUUCAGUUACGCUUCCCUGGCUAAUGCUGUGUAGAAUAAAAGAAUAAAGGCAUGUAUAGCUUGACAGGCUACUGUUGUUCAGAAAGUAUUUCAAGCAUGUGGGGAACAUCUUGUGAGACAGAAAUUGUUUUGAAUACAGUGUAUUGUGAACAUUGUUUUAAAAAAAUCUUUUAAAUCUACUUUAAAAUGAAUGUACAUUUCUUAAUAUUUCUUUAUAUGUCUUCUUAGUAAUACAUCUGGGAAAAAGUUUGGGAAAGUACAUUUGGCUUUAAUUUCUGGAGUAGAGAUUGAGCCAUUUCUCACCAGAAUCAGCCAAAUUAUAUACGAAGCAGGAGAAACGGAGAAGAUUUCACUCAUAGUGCUUUUUUUUUCUUAAAUACAUUUCUUCUGCCCACAUGUUAAACAAUGUUAGUUGUCUAAUUUCUUUUUGAAACCAUGCGUGCUAUAUUACUUUAUAUAAUGCAUUGGCACAUGUAGAUGAUCGGAAUGCAGUUAGGACAGUACAAAUAUACAUUUUUUUACUUCUAAUAUUUCAUCUUGUCAUUAACUUGGACUUAUCUUUUACUGGCUUGACUAAUUUCUGUUUUAUGUGAGUAUGUUGUGAUUGUUACAUAAAACUUUGUAACUAAAAAAUGUUGAAAAUUAAUUUUUCUGCCUUAAUAUUUAUCAUGCGUGUCCAUGAGUGAAAUGUGGAACUCUGGUGAUCUAUGUAAAAGGGCAAGAAAAAUUCCCUAACUUUGAAAAAGUAUGACUUAAGGGUACUUAAGAUCCCAGGUGUCUUCUUUCAAAACAGUUGUAUAUUAUUGCAGCAUGUCUUUGUAAGAUGUUGUCCAUUCCAUUGUGUCUGUGCAAAUGUCUUUUUUUUUUUUUCAUCUUUUCAUUUUUUUCGUCUAUCAUUUUCUUUAUCAAUUGUCUGGAAUAACAUUGCAGUAUUUUGCAGCAACCUCUUUAAUAUUUUAAGAACACAAAACAAAAUGUGGCAUCUUUUCCAUGUAGUGAUGAUGAUCAUAAUGAAGAUGAUGAUGAUUACUUUAUUGUGGCUGCAGAUGGUGACUAAAUUUAAACUGAUCAGUGUUUAAUUGAAGGCUCUUUGCCGUUGUCUUGGCAGUUGUUUAUUGUUUACUUAUCCUUUGGAUAUUAUGUAAAAUAUUUCAAAUGUGUUUUAACAGCAUUCACUGUUAUUUACUGUUGGAAGCAUUUGUUUCAUGAUGAUGAACUAUUAAACUACCAACAAUA